ACCUGGUGGCGAUUGUCCACGGGAAAGAGAUUGAAGUUUCUCAAACAAAACAAGCAACACGCUCACUGGAUAUCGUUGACAUCCGAUUUGGAAGUGAAACAACUUGGAUAAAACGCGCGUAAAAAUGCCGGAGUUACCGUUGGCAAUAAUAUAUUCAAUUUUGGCCUAUGGGCCGAUGGUUAUUUGCGACAGUAUGGCCAGGAAUGACCCCAGCAGGUCAACAGGUGGUGGAGGAGGAUAUGGGGCCUCGUCCAGCAAGGAGCGCAAUGCCUUCUUCGCCCUGCGCAGCUGCCAUCAAAUCCUACGCGGGGACACCGGAGAGUUCUUCUCCCCCGACUACCUGUGCUCCAACCCUCCUCUGUGGUGCAACUGGACUAUCCAGGUGCCUGCUGGGAAACGCGUGCACAUGGUGCUGGAGGACUUCACGCCAGCUGACGCCUGCCACCUCAAGACGGACCAGAUCCAUGUGGACGAGGCGCCCAGCACUGGUGCUGGAACAGGAGCUGGUUCUGGCACGGGAUUGGCUUCUGGCCUGGGUUCUGACGACGGAUUGUCUCCCGGCGGUGACCAUCGCAUCCUGGAGAAGUGCUGGCGGAAGGCAGAGUACGUGUCUCUAUCGGAGACUGUGCACGUAGUGCUUCUCAUCAGCCGCACUCCAAACGCACCACUCAGAGGGUUCUAUGGAACCUUCAAAGCCAUCGGUGGGGUUCCGUCUUCCGGAACUGGAACUGUGGAAGCCCCUGGUAAUGAGGAUCUGGACAAAGAGCAGGAGGCUGCUGAGAAGCUGGGGCCACCUAAUGACCCCCAUGACCGUAAUCACCAACAUCACGUUAGUGAAAACGAGAAUGAACUACCUGUAGCAACUCCAAGGAGCAAGGCAAAGCCUUCCACAUCCUCCUCUGGGAAGGUGGAUCACCAGUCUGCUGCUCCCUCUAAUGAGCUCAUCUCAGAGCAAGGACGUGAGGAAAGCCAAGGGCAAGGUCAAGGUCAUGGGGCGGAGAAGGGGAAAGUGAAGUGGGAGAACGUCAGAGGUCCUUCUGAAGGAACUGUACCUGGUGGAGGAGGUCAAGGAGGAGGUGGAGUAGAAGGAGGGAGAGAAAGAGGAGAAGGUGGAGAAAGUAAAUCGGGUGACACAAGCUCCUCCACAAAGCCAGGGAACAAGAAGAAGAAGGGCCAACGUCUCCAUGGCGACGACCCCAGCUCUGUGACCCCUGCCAAGGACACAGACUCAAGGUCAAAGCCAACUAAAGGUCGUAUCGGCAGGUUGGAGGAUGAUGAGGAAUAUGUUUUUGUUACUCGGUCACCAGAGUCGCUAGUGUCUCUUACCAUGACAACUGUAAGAAGAGAUGUUGUUGAGGACAAUCAUGACUCGCCAAGUGUACCUACACCCAAAGUUCAAGCAGCAAGGAGACCAGGAACAGACAACAAUAUCAGAGAGAGAGCAGCACCACACCUGACUCCAAUGAAUGGCUCUCACCAUCUGCACUUGCCUGGAGCCUCUCUGUUCGAGGUGUCACUGGAGGUAUCCUUCAACCACCAGCCCGGAGAGAACUGGGAUGAGCUGGUCUCGUCUCUGCUGGCUCCAGCCAAGGCCAUGGUUAAAGAGCAGCUGGUGAGAUAUGCCCCAAAAGCCGUCUCAUCCAAGAGGAUCAAGAGGUUGAGUUCGGGGGCCCUCUUCCUGCUCUGGAUUCAUUUUGGCGAGGGGCAGGACAGUCCUCAGACCCGCGGGGGCUUCCAUGCCACAGUGGAGGGGCUGAAGGGGCGUGGCCUGCUGCCACAGGGGGAGGGGACGGAGGGUGUCAUCUCCUAUGUCACAGUCUCAGAUGUGAAUGAGUGCGGUACCCACCUGUCGCAGUGUGACGUACAUGCGGAGUGUGUGAACCGCUUCGGCUCCUACGCCUGCCGCUGUCGCCAUGGAUACCUGGACAUGUCUCGCUCCGGACCUGGAGGAACCGUCUGCAUAGACCCCUCCUCUACAGGUUGUUCCUUGUCUCCUCCCGCUCUCCUGAAAGGUGUCUACUGCGUCUGUUUCCUCCUGGGCCUGCUGCUCUUUUCAGUGUUGCUCGCGCUGGUUGCAAUGUGGCGCCGCCGCCACCAGGGGGCCUUCACGCUCCACUGCCAGGGCAGUUGCCCCAGCCAUGGCAGCGGCCUGACCGGGGUAGCGACUCCACCAGCCGGAUGCUGUAACCACAGAUUCUGCUGCUGUGAAGGUUCGGGAAGGAGAGGCGGGUGUAUGAAUGCGGAGAAGCCUUUGCCCCCUCCACCACCCCCACCACCUAUGGGAAGGUGUGCUAAGGACGGAGGAUGUGGGAAAGGGAAAGGCAACGACCCUCCACUGCUGCACUACGGGCCUCUGACCGUUACUGAGGGGGAGUCGACGGGGGAGGAGGGCUGGGGGGUCUCGGACACCAGAGCGGACCACUGCACUGUCUGAAACUGAUGCUGAUGAUGGUCCAUCAUCCUCAUUACACUCACCGUAUACUUCACACACUCACUGACACAGAUCUGUAAAAAAAAAUGCUACUGCACCUUCCUCACCAACUGUAAUGACCAAAGAUGUUGUUUGACUCUGUCCUGUCCAGUCCAGUCAUUCAAUACAAAAUCAUUUACCAACUCGUACUCUCUCACCAACCGUAAAGACCAAAUAUGUCAUGGGAUUCUAUCCUAUACCAUUCAUUCCACACACAGUCAUGUACCUCACUCACUCGAUCCAUAUUCAUAAAGACUGAAUUUGUGCAUACGAUAUUGUUUCCAACCUUUCAAAAGACUGGGCUGGAUUGUAUUCUGUUUGAAUUUGUUUAUUAAUUGAUUAGGUGAUUUAAUAAUAAGUAUAAUAGUUUGCGAUAUGUUUUGUAUGUUGUUGUUUGUGUUUGGACAAGGUAAAAAGAAAGAUGUUUUUCAGGAUUUACUGCUUAUCAUUUUGAUGAAGUUUUAUUCGGCUGUAUUAUUUUUCAAAUGUUCAAAUUCUUCAGACAUUACUUCAUGUGGACUACAGUUUAAGGGUGGGUUUGGGUGAUGAACUAAAAUUGGUCAGAAGUGAAAAGACACUAAUAAAUGGAAAUGCUAUUGU